ACAUUCACUGUUAGCUGCUGUGUUUAGUUAGCUAUAGUUAGCAUUGAACUUGAAUGCUUCGCUAGCUAACAUUCACUGUUAGCUGCUGUGUUUAGUUAGCUGUAGUUAGCAUUGAACUUGAAUGUUUUGCUAGCUGCCAUUUCUGUUAGCUGGUGUGUUUAGUUAGCUGUAGUUAGCAUUGAACUUAAUGUUCUACUAGCUGCCAUUUCUGUUAGCUGGUGUGUUAAGUUAGCUGUAGUUAGCAUUGAACUUGAAUGUUUAGCUAACCAUCAAUGGCGGUUGACCGGUGUUUGACAGUUACUGGACAUUUAAACGAAAACGAAGCAACAGUCCUUAUUUAUUCAGCGUCUUCACUAUAAACACGAAACAGCACAUUAUAAAUUAAUAAAAAAAAAAUCAAUAUAUAUAAAUAUAUUGUAUUUUAAAUUUUUAAUAAAGUUAAUUCAAUGGACAAUGUGGUGUUCUGCAGCACUAUGUUCCGGCCCCUGCGCCCCCACCUCCGCCUCUGGAAAGUUUGUUUUCAACCCUCCGUCGACAAGUUGUAAUGAUAAACCGUGGGCGUCUGCAGAGUAGGUGCUGAGGGAACCACCAGCCGGAAUAUAGGAUGCCUCGGAGUUAGACAAGCCUAAUGACGCAACGGGUUUACUCAACACAGCUUCAAUUUGUGAGGGACAGGAUAAUACACGCAGGGUUUCCCACGUUUCCUAUGACCAAAAGCGGACUGAGGACUCUGAAACUGACAGAUAUAACGUGACAGGCGCACGGAUCCUCUUCCAACAUAUUAAGGAACUAAUCCUCUCCAGACAGCGGGGGAGCAACAGAUGCAGACUUUUUCAUCAUGGUUUUCUUACAGCUGCUUUUUCUAUCAGGCGUUUUCAGCGCGGGAGCGCUCGUAUCAGUGGCAACUUAUGGAAAAGCCGUGAUCUCCAGAGAGCCGCACAGGGAGAGCCGGAAAGUUCUUACCACGACGAACGAAGAAUGUAAAUUCCCAUUUCGUCAGGGUGGAAGGAUUCAUCAUCAGUGCAUCACCGUCCUGUCCUCAAAGCCAUGGUGUUCUCUCACACACAACUUUGACCGGGACAGGAAGUGGGGCUUUUGUGCGCCGCAGGAAACACAAUCGAACGCUGUCGUUCACACGUCCCGCAAAGUGACCGAAACGUGUCGGGUGAAUCCGUGUCAGAACGGAGGCGUGUGUGCUCGCAUCCCGCACACAACCAAACCGACAUUUGAGUGCAUAUGUCCGGACCACUUCACUGGAGAACUGUGUGAGCAAAAGAAGUGCCACGAAACCAUACACCUGCGCUAUUAUGACAUCGGAGAGACCUGGGGACGAAUUCAUCUCCGUAACGUGGAACAGUGCACAUGUGUGGCGGGGGAAAUCAAGUGUGAAAGAGUCCACUACACAAUGUGCCAUAAAAACCCCUGUCAGAACGAUGGAGCGUGUCGACUGAUCACAUCUACGGGCAAGGAAGUGUGCCACUGCAGAUACGGCUACAGCGGACCUCACUGUAGCUUAGAGCCGGAGACGGAGUGCUACAACAGCAGGGGCACGGGUUACAGAGGGGUGGCGGCCACCACGAUGUCCGGCGCCAGGUGUCUGCCCUGGAACUCAGACCUGCUGUUUGACGAGCUCCACGUGGGCACGGUGGUGGCGUCACCCCUCAGAGGCCUCGGGGAGCACGCCUUCUGCAGAAAUCCAGAUGGGGACAAGAAGCCGUGGUGCUACACGCUAAAUGACAGCGCCAUCUCCUGGGAGUACUGCGACGUCCCCUCCUGUGUCAUGUCUGUGUUUUCUUCUCAAAGGAAUACCCUUUUCAGUUUGCUGCCACCCAUUAAAAAAACAGACCCCUCCAAGCCAAAGAAAAGUCCUGUGUGCGGGACGAGACACAAGAAGAGGUUAGCGGUGGCCAGGGGCCGGAUUAUGGGCGGCGCCUCAUCUCUGCCAGGUACUCACCCGUGGAUGGCAGCCAUUUACAUCGGACAGUCGGAUUUCUGCGCCGGCAGCCUGAUCUCCUCGUGCUGGGUGGUGUCCGCAGCACACUGCUUCUUCCGCAGCCCCCUGAAGUCUCAAAUCCGCGUGGUGCUGGGCCAGCAGAGAUUCAACGUCACCGGCCCCGAGACCAGGACGUUCGGAGUGCAGGACUACAUCUUUCCCAAACAGUUCUCGGUGUUUAACCCGACGCUGCAUGACAUCGUCCUGAUCAAACUGAAGAAGCAGGACGGGCGGUGUGUGAGGAGGACGCCGUUCAUCAGGCCCAUCUGUCUCCCGGAAAAAAACAUGAUGUUCCCCGUUGGCUACUGCUGCACUAUUAGCGGCUGGGGACACAUAAGCGAGAAGGCUAAUGGUUACUCCAGUCUGCAGGAGGCCUUCGUCAGGCUCAUUUCUAAUGACGAGUGCAGGAAGCCAGAAGUCUACGGCAACCACGUCACUGCCGACAUGAUCUGCGCGGGGCUCAGGGGCUGCACCGACGCGUGCCAGGGUGACUCCGGAGGCCCGCUGGCUUGUGCAAAGAAUGAUGUCAGCUUCCUGUAUGGGAUCAUCAGCUGGGGAGAAGGCUGCGGCCGCACCAACAAACCCGGAGUUUACACAAAAGUAGUGAAUCACAUCGACUGGAUCAAUUCAGUGAUCAGACGCAAACCCAGGGCUUCGUGAAUGGACAUCGCCUCAACUUUUAGUGUGUGAGAUAUUGUACAAUAUGAUAUUAUUAUUAUAAUUAUUAUUUUAUUGCUGCAAUGCUUGUGGAAGUUCAUGCUUCUUAUUUUACUGUGAAAUAUGUCGUGACUGAAUAAACCUUCACUGACUUGAUAAAA